AUGACCCGAAAGUACGCUUCAUCCCAAGGCCUCGAUAUGUCCUGGGCUUCGCAAAUGUCUGCCCAGUUGCCAAACCCGUUCCUGUACCAGGUUCCUGCAACUCAGCCAGUCCGAGCUCAGGAACCGCCCGCCCAGCGGACGGAUGAGCCUGUACGCCCCGAGGACUAUUCCAAGCCCUACUGUGAAUUCAUGUCAUCCAACCCUACUAUCUUCCACGCCGUGAAAUCCUUCUCCAACCAGCUCGAACAGCACGGCUACAAGUACCUCUCUGAACGUGCGGUGUGGACAUCGGAGUUGAAGCGUGGUGGCAAGUUCUACACCUCCCGCAACGGAAGCUCAUUGAUCGCUUUCAAUAUUGGAUCGGAAUAUGAGAGCGGUAACGGUGUGGCCAUCGUUGCUGGCCAUGUGGAUGCCCUGACCGCCAAGCUGAAGCCUGUUUCCAAACUGCCUAACAAGGCGGGCUUCGAGCAGCUCGGUGUGGCCCCGUAUGCCGGUGGCCUCGGUGCUACCUGGUGGGACCGUGACCUUGGUAUUGGUGGUCGGGUGCUCGUCCGCGACCCGGAGUCUGGCAAGGUCGAGACAAAGUUGGUGAAGCUUGACUGGCCAAUUGCCCGUGUGCCUACCUUGGCUCCUCACUUCGGGUCUGUUGCGAACGGACCAUUCAACCCGGAGACUCAAAUGGUGCCUGUUAUUGGUAUUGACAACUCUGAUUUGUUUGAGCACUCUAAGACUGAGACUAGUGAUGUCAAGUUUGGCAAAUUUACCUCGACCCAGCCCGAGAAGCUUGUGAAAAUCAUCUCCAAGGAGCUUGGCAUUACGGACUACAGCACUAUUGUGAACUGGGAGUUGGAAUUGUUUGAUACUCAGCCUGCUCAGUUGGGUGGUCUGGAGAAGGAGAUGAUCUUCGCCGGCCGCAUUGAUGACAAGCUUUGCUGUUAUGCUGCCCAGGAAGCACUCAUUGCUUCUUCCGAUAGCACUUCAACUGGUACCGUCAAGAUGGUUGGCAUGUUCGAUGACGAAGAGAUUGGCAGUCUGCUCCGCCAAGGAGCCCGGUCGAGCUUUAUGAGCAGCGUCAUCGAGCGCAUCACCGAGGCCUUUGCCAAGGACAACUAUGGCCCCAACCUCCUCUCUCAGACCGUGGCCAACAGCUUCUUGGUUUCCUCGGAUGUUAUCCACGCCGUGAACCCCAACUUCCUUAAUGUGUACCUGGAGAACCACGCACCUCGCCUGAACGUUGGUGUUGCUGUAUCUGCCGACUCAAACGGACACAUGACCACCGACAGUGUCAGCGAUGCCAUCAUGAAGCGUGUUGCCGAAAAAUGCGGGUCUACCUUGCAAGUCUUCCAGAUUCGCAAUGACUCUCGCAGUGGCGGUACCAUCGGACCUAUGACCAGUGCCCAGAUUGGCAUGAGGGCUAUUGACUGUGGUAUUCCACAAUUGAGCAUGCACAGCAUCCGUGCAACAACCGGUAGCUUGGACCCCGGUCUCGGUGUCAAGCUGUUCAAGGGUUUCUUCGAUCACUACGAGGAAGUCGACAAGGAGUUUUCCGACUUCUAG